AGGAUUUUUGAGGAAUGCUAACCUUGAAGUUUGUUGUUUUGGGAUGUUCUGAAGUAGGAGUCGGUCUUUUUGGAAACACUGGGAGUGUCUUUGGUAGCAAAGACUAGAAGAAAGCUGCAUGUUUUGAUCGUUUUAGAAAUCACAGGAAAGCAUGAGGCUGCUUUACAGCUAAGACAGCAGGUUUCCAGUAAUUAUCUGCAAGAAUCGCCAUGACCCCAGCUCUGAGGGAAGCAACAGCAAAGGGUAUCUGCUUUUCAUCUUUGCCAAGAAGCAUGGAGUCUGACAAGUUACUAUGUAUGGAAAGUGCAAGAACUAUAGAUGAAAAUCUAAAGGGAGAUGCUUUCUCUCAAUUGCUGGGAUUUCCGACUCCUGAACCUACUCUUAACACUAAUUUUGUGAAUUUAAAACAUUUUGGCUCCCCCCAGCCUUCCAAACAUUAUCAGACAGUUCUUUUAAUGAGUUCUAAUUCUACUUUAAAUAAAUACAAUGAGAAUUGUAAACAAAAGAAAUCAGGAGAGACCAACUGCAAUAAACUGAGAAACAUACUGCGUAAUGGCAGCAACAUUCAGCUCAGUAAAAUGUGCCAUUCUCGUUCUGAAGAGUUCAUUAAAAAGGAGCCUCUAUCAGAUACAAGCCAGUGCAUGAAAGAUAUACAAAUCAUUUUGGAUUCAAAUCUAACCAAAGAUACUAAUAUAGAUAAAGCACAACUGCAAAACUGUAAACAGUUCCAAAAGAAUACCCUUCUGGAUAAAGUUACUGAUGCUGACAUUAAAAAGGGUUUAUUGUGUUGUGCUCAAAAGAAAAUUGGACCUGGCCUCUCAGAUGUGCCUAAUAGUUCCUCAGUUGCUGAGAAAGAGGAGGAAGUGAAUGCUCGUUUACUUCACUGUGUAAGCAAACAGAAAAUUUUACUUAGCCAGGCUAGAAGAACACAGAAACAUUUGCAGAUGCUCUUGGCAAAGCACGUUGUUAAGCACUAUGGUCAGCAAAUGAAAUUUUCUAUGAAACAUCAGCUGCCCAAAGGGCGUUUUCAUGAAUCUACCACAGUUUUGGAUAACAGUUUACCUAAAUGUCCUGAGAUUAAGCCAGAAGUCAACAUAUUGACUGCAGAGAAUAAAUUGUGGGAUGAUGCACAAAAUGGCUUUACUCGGUGUAUGGCUGCAGAAAUCCAGAGAUUUGCACUGUCGGCUACAGGGCUAUUGUCUCAUGUUGAAGAGGGUCUGGAUUCUGAUGCAACUGAUAGCAGCUCUGAUGACGAGUUGGAUGAAUAUACCAUUAGAAAAAAUGUGUCAGUUAACUGUAGUACUGAAUGGAAGUGGCUUGUAGACAGAGCAAGAGUUGGCAGCAGAUGGACCUGGCUUCAAGCCCAGAUUUCAGAGCUAGAAUACAAAAUCCAACAACUAACAGAUGUUCAUAGGCAGAUUCGUGCCUCCAAGGGGAUAGUGAUCCUAGAAGAAUGUCAGCUUCCAAAAGAUAUUUUGAAAAAACAAAUACAGUUUGCAGACCAAUCACCUUCAUUAAAUACUACAGAGACUCUUCAGGUUCCCCAAAGGAGUCAAGAGCCUUUACCAGAACAAGAUUUUGAAAUGUCACCAAGCAGCCCUACACUACUUCUUCGAAACAUAGAAAAGCAGAGUGCACAGUUGACUGAGAUCAUCAACAGUUUGAUUGCACCUCUCAACUUAUCUCCAACUUCAUCACCCCUCUCCUCCAAAUCCUGCAGCCAUAAAUGUUUCACUAAUAGCAUUUCCAGAAGUUCUUCAGAAAAUUUAGAGGAGCUCUCUUCCUCCACUAGCUGGUUACUUAAUCAGAAGCACAGCAAGAAGAGGAAAAAAGACAGGAUAAGAUUGAAAUCUCCAUCUUUGACUAUCAUGAGCACAGCAGCCCGAACAAGACCACUUCAGAGUUUCCAAAAACGAAAACUCUACAGAUUGAGCCCCACUUUUUAUUGGGCUCCUCAGAUUAUGCAUUCAAAAGCAACAUCAUUUUUCAGUCCUACACAAAUGCCUUGCCUGCAGUCACCUGCAGCUGGGAUUAACUGUGAACACAACUCCAAGUCUCAGAUGUUAAGAGAACAUGUUGCAGACUUAGAUUCCUCUUUCCAUCCUGUCCUGUCAUUGCCGUCAGAUGUGCCUCUUCAUUUUCACCUUGAAACAUUAUUUAAAAACAAUGAAAUCAGAGGAGAUCUUGCUGCAAAUCAAACUGUAGGUGGCUGUAUCUUAUCACCAUCACCUGUGCAGAGUACUUCUUUGAAUCAAUGGAGAAAUGGAUAUUCACCUAUGUGUAAGCCUCCAAUAAGGUCAGAAUCUUCUAUACAACUAUUACAGGGAAGAAAGAAAAGACAUUUGAGUGAAACAGCAAUAGGAGAAAGGGAUAGAUUUGAGGAAUUUGCUUUCCAACACACAGAACCAGGAUCACAUUGCAAUUUUACUGCUGUCUCUAAUUUCAAUGUUAUAGGAAGAACCCCGAAUUCAUCAUCACAAAGUACUGCACGGCGGAGGUUAAGAAGUGAAAGCUCUUAUGACAUAGAUAACAUUGUGAUUCCUAUGUCAUUAGUAGCCCCAGCUAAGUUAGAAAAACUCCAAUAUAAGGAAAUACUGACUCCAAGCUGGAGAAUGGCUGUUCUUCAGCCUUUGGAUGAAUGUAACUUAGGUGAAGAGGUAGAAGAUUUUUCUGAUGAAGUCUUUGCUCUAAGGCACAAAAAAUAUGAAGAGAGAGAGCAAGCCAGGUGGUCACUAUGGGAACAAAGCAAGUGGCACAGAAGAAACAGCAGAGCUUACAGUAAAAAUGCUGAAGGACAGGAGAUGGUUCUAAAGGAAUCCCUGAAUGACAUCAGUGGCAGUCAGCACUGCACUGCUCCAAGUCCCCCUGAGUUGCCUGCAGCACAUCCUGACUUGUGUGCACACGGCUCACCCUUUUCAAAUGAAAGCCAAGAGUUCAAGUCUUUGUGGUGGGAACGACGGGCUUUUCCGCUGAAGGAUGAAGACACAGCAGCCUUGUCAUGCCAAGAUGAAGGAAAGGAGCAGCCCGAGAGGCCAAGUGCAGCUUUCCAUGGCGAAGUCUUUGGUACCAGUGCAUCAGAGAACAAACACCAUCCAAAAACUCAGUUAGAUGGGAUGGAAGAAUAUAAAGCCUUAGGUCUAGGACUUACUAAUGUUAAAAAAAAUAGGUGACAGGGAACAGGUUAAGAAAACUAUGUAAAUGAAGGAAAGAUAGGAGAAAAAAAAAGCGGUGUGUUGGACCUUCCACAUCUUUGCGUCCCAAUUCCAGAAUAAGAGAAUGGACUGCAUGUAUUCAUCUUUUAUGCUACCUACAAAACAGGCAAGAUAAACAUCUUUUUUCUUCCUGAAGCACAGAAGUAGCUAGUUAGCUUUUUACCUGUAGACAAAUGUUCAUCAUUUGUAUUUAUCAUACAAAUUACAAGCACCAAUAUAUUAACUUUUGCAAUUUGAUGUCCAAUCACAUUACCGCAUAAUUUUUAA